AUGGGCGCCAUUGCCAGCGUCGCUGUUGUGAUUCGACUCCCGUUUCUGCAAAACUAUAAAGAUACGGACUUUCUUUAUUCAACGUACCAAAUUGCAAUUUGGUCGGUCAUGGAGACCGGCCUUGCUAUCAUCGCCGGAAGUCUCAUUACACUGCGCCCUCUAUUCCGUUGGUUUCUAGAUGGAACCGUUUCUUAUCCUCCAAGCGAACGUAGGGGGAAGUAUCCCCUAUCGAGCCUUACCGGAAAUACCUCCAAGACCGCCGGCUCUCGCGACCCUAGGUAUUGGCGUCCAGAUAUUACCUCGGAUGAUACCUCUACCUUUGUUGUGACGGCAGUAUCAUCGCCGGACCGUCUUCAUGCUGAUGAUAAUAGCAGUCAAGAGGUUCUCUACCCUGUACCGGACCCUUGGCUGCCCCCAAAUAGUGUCAAUGUGCACAAAACCUUCCGGGUUGGAGAAGAGGAGGCAUGA